AUGGCUCAAAGUCCACUGUCUCCCGGAACGACUAAGUCUACGAAGCCGCGUACAAUUUUAUUCUUCCAUCCUGAUCUAGGUAUUGGAGGCGCCGAGAGACUGAUCAUCGAUGCAGCUGUGGGGCUGCAGAAUCGCGGCCACCACGUUGUCAUCUUCACAAGCCAUUGCGAUCCACAGCAUUGCUUCGACGAAGCCCGUGAUGGAACCCUCGAUGUGCGCGUUCGCGGCAAUUGGCUAUUUCCACCCUCCAUCCUGUCCCGUUUCUCCAUAAUAUGCGCCAUUCUGCGACAGUUACACCUCAUCCUCGCGACAUACCUCGCAUCUGAGCUGAGCUCUUUAAACCCCGAUGCCUUUGUCGUGGAUCAAUUGAGUGCAGGUCUGCCGUGGCUGGGAUAUCUUUACCCAACCACGCGAAUCUUGUUCUAUUGCCAUUUCCCGGAUCUGCUACUCGCCCGAGGAAGGUCAUCGUGGUGGAAACGAGCCUACAGAAUCCCCUUCGACAGUCUUGAACAAUGGAGUAUGAGCUUCGCAGACUCGGUGGUGGUGAACUCGGGGUUUACAAAGGGGAUAGUGGGAAGCGUGUGGCCAGAGCUGGCACGGACGAAAGAUCUUCAGGUUGUCUACCCCUGUGUGGACAUUAGGGAAAAUAGCAUCACGGAGAAGGAUGAACCUGGCGUUGCUUGGACUGAUACUAGAAUCAUAUUGAGCAUUAAUCGAUUUGAGAGUAAGAAAGAUAUUGGGUUGGCCAUCAAGGCUUAUGCCGGUCUUGGGAAGCAUGGAAGAGAAGGAGUGAGGCUAGUGCUAGCAGGUGGAUACGACAAUCGAGUUCAAGAAAAUGUAACCUACCACCAGGAGCUUGUGAGCCUCGCCGAAUCAUUAGGCCUCAAGACCGCGACAACGAAAACGAUAAUCACAGCUCUGAACGUGCCGGAUGAUGUCGAUGUAUUGUUCCUUCUAUCAGUACCGAACACCCUAAAAGAAAUGCUAUUGAAAUCCGCACGCCUACUUGUCUACACCCCCUCGAAUGAACACUUUGGCAUUGUGCCGUUAGAGGCUAUGUUGGCUGGUGUUCCGGUCUUAGCUGCAAAUACAGGCGGGCCUCUUGAGACUGUGGUAGAUGGAAAGACCGGCUGGCUUCGCUCACCAGAAGAUAUCGAGAGCUGGACUGCUGUCAUGAACAAAGUAAUACACAAAAUGUCAGAAAAAGAGCUUGGAAUUAUGGGUGCAGCAGGGAUUCAAAGAGUCAAGACUGAAUUCUCUGACAUUAAAAUGGCAGAGAGACUUGACAGAAUAAUUUCUGAAAUGCUCGGAUCACGGAGGAGAAGCUGCCAACAGCUAUCACUGUUCAUCUUCACAGUCGGGCUAGUUUUGUUCGAUGUUGUUUAUUAUCUUGCUUCCCACAUCGAGAUCCUCAACAUCAUGCUUGGCAAAAUCCCCUUCCCUCCAUUUGCACUUACCGUAUUAUCGAUCAUAUCGUGGGUGGCAUAUGGUAUUACUGGGUAUUCCGCACCAGGGCAGACACAUCUAGUAGCGGAGGCACAAAAUGGCCGUUGA